AUGUUGGACUUCUGUGAGUUGAUUCCACGCCUUUUUUGUUUCCGCAAUCGACAGGUUCCGCUACUUCUUCUAUUGCUGCAUGUCUCACUUUUCAGGUUAGGGCUCGCCUCCCCCAUGUCGUUGUUUGAAGCAACCAGAACUCCCAAAAGAAACAAUCGGAGAAUACCUUCAUGUUCAUCCAUAACAUGGCGUUUGAAUUACUUCAUUAUCAUCCUUGCCCCUGUAUAUUUCUACACUUCAAAUGUCCACUGCCCUAAUAUGAAAAGGUUGCUAGGCUUUUCAAUGGAGCCAGUGAUGUUUCAUCCAGGGAUUAUAUUAAUGACACGAGUAGAUUGUGCCAAUAAGAUAAACACUAAUCUAUGCGAUAAAUUCUCUAUUAGUCACUACCCUUCACUAUUUUGGGGCCCACCUUCUAAAUUUGUGGGUGGUAACUGGAAUGGGAAAGAUGAAAAAAGUAAAAUUGUUUCUAUUGAAGAUGGAAGAACUUCUGAUCGUUUACUUAAAUGGAUUAAUACACAAUUAGGAAGUUCAUAUAAAUUGGAAGAUGAAAAGUUUGAAAAUGAUGAGCUUCUUCAAUCAAACUUCUCAGACCCUGGACAGAUUUGA